AUGAGUACGUCACCACAGGGAAAGUCGCUAAAAACUGAGUCGAAAUGGAGAAGAAGCUAUAAGGCAUGUUUGAAUUGUAGAGCUAGGAAAGUUAAAUGUGACUUGGGCCCGUAUGAUAAUCCUCAUCCGCCGCCCUGUGUAAGGUGUAAAAGAGAACAAAGAGAGUGUUUAUUUACUAGCAGGAGGAAAAAGAAAGACGAUGUCAUUUCGGGAACUGUCUCUCUGACGAAUGUGCCUUCAGCAAUAACUCAAGAAGAUGAUAAUGAUCGGAUUCAACUAAAUAGUGGAUCAAGUAAAGGUGCCUUAUUUUCGAAUUCGCCAAAGAAUCCUAAUACACAAGAUCAGUCUAAAUGGAAGUAUGGGUUGGGCUCAAUGCAAAAUACUUUAGAAUUUUUAGCUACUGCGGCAGGUUCAGUUUCAAAGGAAAGUAACCGUAGAUUAACCACCGCUAGGCAUUCCCAUCAGUACGCCAAAGAAACGUCGGAGGAUUUUCGAGUUGAUGAUAGUAGUCCAUCAUCAGAAAGGAAAGAUAUUACUGAUACAUCGGAACAAAGUGUUAUAGCUCCUUUACUGAAAGAGUGCGGAACUCAAAGAGCUACUGUCUCCUUAAUUGAAGAGUUGAGCCGAGUCAGGCCCAAACCUAACAAGAAACUAGCUGACAUUGAUUACAUAGGACCCAGUAAUCUACUCUCUGAACAAGAAGCAAGAGAGCUCAUCGAUGCUUAUUUUUUAACCAUGCAUCCAUUUUUCCCAAAUAUACCCUUACAACUACAGGAUCCGGAUGAGCUGGUGAAUUACCCAAUAUUGCUUUGUGCGAUUUUAACCAUGUCUUCGAGAUACCACCCUUUCAGUGAAUUUGGAUUUUAUAAUGGGGAAAACAAUAAAAGAAACAUUGAAGUUCAUGAGACAUUGUGGGACUACUGUCAACGUUUGAUAUCACAGACGGUAUGGGCCGAAGCAAGCACAAGAUCCAUAGGAACUGUCCUUGCUUUCAUUAUCUUUACAGAAUGGAAUCCAAGACAGAUACAUUGGAGAAGAACUGACUAUGCUAAUAGUGCAGAGAAAGAUACUGACGUUCCUCAUUCCCAAAAAGAUGACGAUGGUUUGACUGGUAUCGGCGCCAUAAGACGUAGCGAUAGAAUGUCAUGGAUGCUUACAGGCAGUGCCGUUAGAUUAGCUCAAGACAUGGGCUUUAUCGAAACAAGUACAAAAAUAUUUGUUGCUUCUCACAUCUCAGACACAUUUGCAUCUAUGAAUAUGAACCAAAGGUGCGCCCUCUCGGAAACGUUCAGUGUUGUUGGAUUUGGUGCUGGUAGAGAACGUGCGUCUGCAAUUGAUAGCGAACAGACUGAUGUGGAUGAAGUUGGUAAUGAGAAGUUUUACCUAGAACAGAUGUUACAAAAUGAGGAAAGCAGGGAAAGAUGGACAAGAGUCCUAGAGCGACUCCAACAUAAUAAUGAUAAAAAGAAUGGUCCUCUUACAGAUUUGGAAAGAGAAUUUUUGAAUGACGAAUAUGUCCUUUAUUAUGCUAACCGCAAUGAUGAAAUGGUGCAGCAACAUUUACAAUUACCAUUUCCUCUGAAAUUCUCAUUUCACCAGCGCGCAAAGAUAGAACUUAUUCGUAUUAUUUUGAUUGCCUAUGAUACCAUAUAUUAUGAUAAGGGAAAGAGAAAACUAACUUCAAAUGACCAAGUACACAACUUAGCAGUGCUGGGUAUCUUAUCACCUUUAAUUGAAGGUUGGUACGCUACAUACCGAAACCUAUUGAAGAUAAGUAGUGGCCAACCCUACAGUAUAGAAAUCAGGAAAAACAAGAGGGCAGUUCACGAGCUUGGUGAGGAAAUUAAUAGAGAAAGUAUACUAAGUGAUUAUUACUAUUGCCAACUUUAUAUUUACUCUUUGGCUUUACAAGUGGAUGUAAAAGGACCCAAAUUACGUAUAAAUGAAGCUACUAAAAGUGCUAAAUAUGUAGAAUUAGCUUAUGUGGCUGCUAAAGAAAUCUUAAUAUCUUCAACACGUGUUCAUAGGUUGAAGAUGUUAAAGUAUAUGCCUGUUAGAUGGGUUAUGAGAAUCGUGAGAGCUGUGUCAUUUCUAGUGAAAUGCUAUUUGACAUUAACAGGUGGGGGAGGCGUUCCAAAUUCUGAAGCCCAGACAAUUUUGAAAUUAUGCUGCAUAUCUCUGGAUGAAACUAUUCACACUAUUAGAUUGGCGGCACUAAUUUUGAAGGAAGCUAGCCCCGAUGAAUUACAUCUAUGUGUAAGAUACUCUGCAAUUCUACUUUAUCUAUGUAAAGAAAUGAAUUUAAAGAGUAAGAGGAACCAAAAAUUGUUAGUAUCUCAUGGCAUAUUGAUAAAUGAAAGUCGAAACCGCCAAAUGGGUUCGAGAAGGACGAAGGCAACGCAGGAUAGUGACAUUGACCUGGGGUCUACCGAUGAUAGUAAGAAUAUUCAGUCAAAUAAUGAACUGCUACCCAAUAAUAUCAGCACAACCAAUGGUUUAACAACUAGCUUAUUUAAUACUGAGGAAAUGAGGUCUGAGACACCAAAUCAAAGAAUCCCAACAUCCGCAGUCGCAGACAAUACGCCAAAUAAUUUAGAUAAUGAUGGCACAAAUAAUCCGACAAAUUUUCCUUCAUUACCCGAUGAAGCCAUUGAUUGGUUUUCUGGUAGUGCUGAUAUUGGUUUAGAUUUUGUUGAGCCUUGGACUGAAUUACUUGAGCAAAGGUUUUUGCAAAGUGGAGAUGGCAAUAAUAUUUUCGAAGAGCUCUAUAAUCAAGUAAACAUGCCAAAUUUUGCAGAAUAUACUAGUUUAGAAUGA